AUGAUCGACAUUUUUAGUUCCGUUAAAGGUCUGGUAAAGUUGGACACGGUGUGCAUCGACAACAACAUAUUCCGUCUUCACUACAAAGUAACCGUCAUCGUGCUGGUCAUAUUCUCAUUAAUCGUCACCACCCGACAGUACGUUGGUGACCCGAUAGACUGCUUAGUAAACGGUGUGCCUACUCACAUAAUGGAUUCAUUUUGUUGGAUACACUCGACGUUCACCGUGGACAAAAAAGUCAGAGGCCGAAUCGGCAAAGACAUCGUGCAACCUGGAGUCGGGCCCUACCGGGAAGGCGAAGACGCGGUCAGUUACCACAAGUAUUACCAGUGGGUGUGUUUUGUCCUGUUCUUUCAAGCUGUGUGCUUCUACAUACCUAGGUACUUGUGGAAGAUAUUAGAAGGUGGCCGGAUACGGGUGCUGGUUAACGAGCUCAAAGUCGUUAUGGCCGACAGAGAACAAAAAUCCAAUAGUAUACGUCAGCUUGUAGAUUACUUCGUCGUCAAUUUGCACACGCACAACUUAUACGCCAUGUGGUUUUUUAUUUGUGAACUGCUGAACUUUGUCAAUGUCGUUUCUCAAAUGCUGUUCCUCAACUACUUCUUCGAAGGUGAGUUUAGAACGUACGGUCUUGAUGUUUUCCGGUUCACCAUCAUGGAUCCCAGGGAACGAGGGGAUCCCAUGUCCCGGAUAUUCCCCAAAGUCACCAAGUGCACAUUUGAAAAAUACGGUACAUCCGGUUCCAUUCAGAAAUUAGAUGGAUUAUGCUUAUUACCAUUGAACGUAGUCAACGAAAAAAUCUACGUAUUCCUGUGGUUCUGGUUUUUGUUCAUUGCUAUGCUGAGUAGUUUCAACUUGGUGUACCGUACAGCUGUCUUGAUAUCGUCCAAGUUGCGAUUGUUGUUGUUGAAAAAGAAAUCUCGUCUAUCUCCUUGGAAUGAAUUGAUUACGAUAAACGAAAAAUUCGAGAUUGGCGAUUGGUUUGUUUUACACCAGAUAGGCAAGAACUGCGAGUCUACGAUAUUCAAGGAACUUGUAUCAGAUUUAGCUCACAACUUUAACGACUUUAUAACGGAUGUGUAG